AUGAUUGCCACCGGUCUGUUGAGCGCCUGCAGACCAGCGCUGCGCAGCCAGCGCGCCACCAGCUCCCGCAGGGCGCCCCAGCGUCCUGCUGCCUCUCGGGCCGCCCGGCGCUCCGCCGUCUGCUUCGUCGGCCAGGAACUGGAUCAUAAGAAGCAGACGGCCAGCGCCGACACCAUUCUUGUUCCCUAUGGCCAGCAGCUGGUGGUGGUGGGCGACAAGCCGGAGCUGGGCAGCUGGGACAUCAGCGCCGCGGUGCAGAUGAGCUGGAACGAGGGCAACGUGUGGCGCUGCACCGUGGAGCUGCCCGCGGGUGGCAGCCUGGAGUACAAGUUUGUGCAGCAGAUCCCGGGCUGCUGGCCGGUGUGGGAGUCUUGCAUGAACCGCACCCAGUCGAUCGACCCCACCACCGCCGACCUGUCCUGCGUAUGGAACGCCCCGCUGGCAACCACAUGGCCCGCGCUGCGCGGGGAGGACCCCGCUCCCGCCGACGAGCCCGCCUCUGCUCCUGGCACCCCUGCCGCUGCUGCUGCUGCUGCCCCGGCCGAGGUGGAGGAGCAGGAGGAGCAGGCCGCCCCCGCCUUCAAGCCUGCCGAGGCCUUCUCUCAGAUUGCCGAUGCGGUGAAGAAGGGCGCCGCCGCUGCUGCCGGGAAGAUGCAGCAGCCGGACAAGAAGCAAUCGCGGGUGGAGGAGGCAGAGGCGGCGCCUCUGGCACCCAACAAGGCCGCAGUGAUCGCCCCCGCUGCGCCUGUCGCCAAGCCCGCCGCCAAGCCCAAGCCCGCCGCUGCUGCCAAGGCUGCGGCGACCGCAAAGGCAACCGUGGCUCCUGCUAAGAAGAAGAAGGAGGCUGCAGCGGCGGUGCCGGCAGCUGAGGUGGAGCCUGAGACGGUUGCCGCUGCCGAGCUGGCGCCCGCGGCUGUAGAGGUGGCUCCCACCGCAGCGCAGCCUGUGGAGAUGGAGGUGGUGAUGGAUCAGGUGCCCGCCGCCGUGGAGAAGCCAGCGGAUGGCAAGGUGGCGGCGGCCGGCUCCAGCAGCACCCUCAGGUCCCUCGGCACCAUGGCCGGCACGGUGGCGAUGGGCGUGGCCGCCACCGCCAUGUUCUCUGCUCUGGCCAUCGACGUCACCGAUGCCGCGCUGCUGGGCGGCGUGAUGAUCGGCGGCUAUGCCGCCAUGAGCACCCCGAGCUCCAGCGGCGGCAGCAGCAGCCGCAAGGCCAAGGCCGCCGCCAAGGCUGCCGGCGCCGCCGGCGACGAAGUGGACGGCGCGGCUGAGGAGGGCGCUGCUGCUGGUGCCGAGGAGCAGGAGCCGCGUGCCACCAUUGGCAGCAAGGCCUCCGCCCCGGGCGUCAUCCUGGCGGCCAGCGUGCUGAGCGCCCUGGAUGCCGGCAAGAAGAUCCUGGACUCCCCCAGCAGCUCUGCCAGCGACGAGGACAGCGAGUGA